GCGGGCAUCAGCACCACGGAGAGCUCCCCGCGGGCCCCUCUCGCCACCCAGGCAGGGGGCUGGAGCUGAUUUUGGGCCGGGAGAGCGGCGGCCGCUACCUCCGAGCCAUCCGGUCGUGGAGGAGGCUCACGCAACGCCUGGUCUUCUGGGGGAGGGUGGGCAGGCGAGGCAGGGGCAGGGGAGGGGGUGGUGGGGAGGAGGAGGCGGCGGCGGCGGCGGCGGAGGAGGAGGCGAGGGCCCACCGGGGGGGAUCCAGGUCGCCUCUCCCCUGGAUGGACCCCAACUGCAGGCAGUCCAGCAUGGCGUUGGCCCUCUCGUCCAAGAAAGCCUCUUCCAGGAACGUGGCGGUGGAAAGGAAGAACCUCAUCACGGUCUGCAGAUUUUCUGUGAAGACCCUGCUGGAAAAAUACACCACAGAACCCAUCGAUGAUUCUUCGGAGGAGUUUGUGAACUUUGCUGCCAUCUUAGAACACAUACUCAGCCAUCGUUUCAAAGGAGACCAUGGCCCUGUCAGCUGGUUCAGCUCGGAUGGGCAACGUGGCUUCUGGGAUUACAUCCGCUUGGCCUGUAGCAAGGUCCCAAAUAAUUGUCUCAGUAGCAUUGAAAACAUGGAGAACAUCAGCACUUCCCGAGCCAAGGGGCGUGCAUGGAUUCGUGUGGCUCUAAUGGAGAAGCGCAUGUCCGAGUACAUUGCCACAGCACUGCGGGACACCAGAACAACCAGACGAUUUUAUGACGAUGGGGCAAUUAUGCUAAGAGAAGAAUCCACCGUCCUCACAGGGAUGCUGAUCGGCCUGAGUGCCAUAGACUUCAGUUUCUGCUUGAAAGGGGAAAUUAUGGAUGGCAAGACACCUGUGGUCAUCGACUAUACUCCAUACCUGAAGUUUACACAGAGCUACGAUUACCUGAGCGAUGAGGAGGAACGACGCAGCUUGGAGAGCAGUACCAGUGAGGACAGCUCUCCUGACCACCCCUACUUACCCUUGAUGGCUGUGGAAGACAGCUGGUACAACAAAUGGCGUAAGAUGGAGCAGAAGUUUCGCAUUGUGUACGCACAAAAGGGCUACCUGGAAGAGCUUGUUCGGCUCAGAGAGUCCCAGCUAAAGGACCUGGAGGCGGAGAACAGGCGGCUGCAGUUGAGGCUGGAAGAGGUGAAAGUGCAGAACCAGCUUGAGAAACGGGAGCUGGAGGGCGUCAUCCUGGAACUGCAGGAGCAGCUACUUCCCCCCUCCCACUCUGCCCUCAGGACGGGCCUCAUCCCCUCCGAAAACAGCCAGUUUACCCAACUCUCCAAGGAAAUGGCUGCACCCCUGGUGAACCAGUGGCCCUCUCUGGGCACUCUGAAUGGCAGCGAAGCUCGCUCGGAAGCCAAGAUGUACAGAAGGCACAGCUUCAUGAGCACCGAUCAGCUCUCUGCAGAGAUCAGCCUGAGCUCCGAUUCACAACGACUGGGAGAGGGGAAGCGUGAAGGGGAGCCCUGGGGACCCCUGGGAAAGGAUCCGACUCCUUCCAUGCUCGGCCUCUGCGGCUCCUUGGCCUCCCUGCCCAGCUGCAAGUCCUUAGCCAGCCUAAAAUCCAACGAAUGUCUGGUGAGCGACAGCGUCGAGCCCAGCCCCACACACAGCCCCAGCUGAGACGUCAGAGCACCGGUCCUACGAACCGCAUGAGACACCCAGAGGGGAGCCGAGGUUGCUGGCAGAGCGGAAAUCCGACUGUCCCUUUCAAGCAAGGACUGGAGUUGGGGGAAGGGGGCAACUGACCAUUUUAUCCAGCCUGGCCAUGCCGUUGGGCAUCAAACCUGCAUUCUCAACCAAGCAUCCUUAUAAACAGACUUCCUUCCUGGAUCCGGGAAAUGGGAAACAUUUUAGGAGGUGUUGUUUUUUUCUUAUCCAGGGUUCAGGAAAAAGCCACCCCCUCAGCAGAAGCUGGGAGAAUCAACUGCUGAAGAAACCUUUUUUAAAAAAUGAAGCAGUGUAUAUUAUAUAUAUAUAUAUAUAUUGUAUACGGUUGAGUGUGUUCAAAGGCAGUUGCCUUUGAGGUGGCCCACUUCAGGCAUCUAACAGCUGCACCUGCCCAGCCUUCAGGGGAGGGGAGAAAAGAUACGGCCGUCCAACAGAGCGCCAGUUGUGUUUGCAGCCAGAAAGGACACUGUGAAAUUAUGGGAUGCUCUGAAGGCAAAAUUAUGAUGGGGGAGAGGGAAGGAAGAACCAUAAGCCCCCGCAGGUUGAGAUUCCUUGCAAUCUUCAUGGUGAAUAUUUGCACAAAGAACUGAGGUGACCAAGGACGGUGGGUGUCUGUCUCCUUUCUGAGAACUUGAGGCAACAUGGAAGUUUGGAGAAGGGGUGUGAGGCAAGAAGCAGGUGGGGGACGGAAGCAUUCAAGAUUCCCUUUUUCUUUCAUGCCCCUCCCCUUCUGCUUCCCCCAUUCUCACAUCGCCUCGUUCAAGCAAACCUUGUUGCUGCAGAAAGGAGUUCUGGUCACCUCUGUUUUUCUGGGUUCCAAAAGCCUCCGUCUUCCACCGGAGCCCACUAAUCGAACAUAACUUCCCCCACUGAUUCUCCUGCAUGUCGUUACCCCAAUAGAACAUCCUGUUAGCAGAAGCAAGAGCGCAAAUGGGGAAGGAGCAAAUUCAGAGACCCGGAUUGUUGGGGACCUGGCUUGCAAGAAAAGCACAACCGGGCACCUCCAUCUGCUCCAGCACGGCACAGUGACGGGCAGUCUUAAGAAUGCACUAGUAGUGGACAGAACUGCAGCCUGCCCCCUGCCCCCCCCCCCCACCUGAGAAACUGUUAUGGGUCAGCAGCUGGGGAAACUCUGUAAAGAGUCAAUGGGAAACAUUAAAACAGCAUAAGGAGAUGACCUUUAAAUG